AUGGGAGAAGUUAAGAUUAGAGGGAACCCAGUAGAAGAAAAGACAUGGUCAAAGAUACCCACUUUAAUUAAGCCUAUUCCUCUAAGAGCUCAACCAUGGCAAAAACCUUCCAAUCCACUCCAUAAGCUUGCCACCAUUCCAGAAAAUGAUCACAUUCUUACAGAGGAAAACCCUAAUGGAGAUCACAACACUUCCAAUGAAGUCCAAGCAAACAUUGAGCAAGAAAUGACAAAUAAGUUUAAAAGAAUCGUCUCAAACCGACAUGCUGCACGAAGAUCGAGAUUGAAGAAACUUGCAUACAUCGAUGAGUUAGAAAACGAAUUGAAAGCGUACGAGAGGAAGAAAGAAGUUCUCCACGGACAAAUUGCAGAGCAACGAAAGAAGCAUCUGUCGUUGGAAAUUGAGCAUCAUACUUUGAAAUUUCAUUUGGCUGCUCGUGAAAAGCAAAGAAUUCUUCAAGAAGUUGAGAUUGAAAAGAACAGAGCAGAAGUUGAUAAAAUGUUGGAAGUGCAAAGGAGAAUGGUUAAUUUCAGAUCGUUGCAGCUUAUGACCAAUUCCAACUUUAACCCUUCAGCCUUGGCCUGA